CUCCCAACAGUGGUCUGCUCGCCCGUUGGCCUUGAAUUGUCCUUUUCCCUCCUCACGUAAAAAAAGGCUAGACAACCGGAUUUCAUUCCUGCUCAGGUCUCUUCGAAAUCCGGCUGCAUUGUAAGAUGUCGUACCUGGCAGGCAUGCCCUUUACCGCUAGAGUAGCGCCAGGCCUCAUCGUUCCUUGCUACCGCUAGUCUUCUACUUAGGGAUGAUGCAAGGAACUGAUGCAAGCUCCAAGAAAGUCAGAUUUGGGUCCUCUUAUUGCAAUAGCUGACUAGGAGUAAGGGAAUCAGGGCAUAAGUCACUUCAAGCAUUUAAAGUGUAAAGGUUCUUCCGGUUAAACGUUUAUUUUUGCUUUGGGUGGUUUUAUUCCUCGUUUUGCCCGCUUUGCUCUACAGCAGGCAGGUCAAAAUCAGCCGUCUUCUGUACUGGUUUGAUGGUCCCCAGCACCACUGUGCAUUUAAUGCAUAGUGAAAGACAUCCUAACAAAGCCCAAACCAAAACCACACGCAGACCUUUCAUUAGGUUCCACACAAAUUCUAAGAAUGGACACAAUGGAAUACUUUACGGGACUGCAAGCUCGGGGAUGCAGCUCAUCUGUCCGCCCGGCUGCCAAUAGAACUACUGGGAAAAGCCGAGCUGGCUGGGCUCUGUAGUUGCGUUGUGCGCUCGCGGGAUUGGCCGCCGGGAGGGGGAGGGGCCGGCAAAGUCACGUGGGCUCCGCUCCCACCGCCCCCGCUGCGCCCGCUGCCGCCGCCGCCGCCGCUGCCGCCGCCGUCUUUCUCUGUCUCCGCCGAGGCAGCCAUCUUGCUCUUGCCGCGUGCUGGUAUUGGAGGACCCUCCCAGCUUCAGAUUUACCAACAGCAUGAAUCAAGAAAAGUUAGCCAAACUUCAGGCUCAGGUCCGGAUAGGGGGCAAGGGUACAGCUCGCAGAAAGAAGAAGGUGGUACAUAGAACAGCUACAGCUGAUGACAAAAAGCUUCAGAGUUCUCUGAAAAAACUGGCAGUGAAUAAUAUAGCUGGCAUUGAAGAGGUCUUGCCUGAAAUUAGAAGUCCCUUUCUUCCCCCUCCUUUCUGGUGCUGUUAGUGGUGGUGAUCACCUCUGAGGAAGAAAAGCCCACUUCCCACUGACCAUGGAGAACACUCAGCAUCUCUGCUUGAUUGUGACAAGGGCAGUUUUUGGAUGGAUCAUGAAAUGCUUCUAAAGUAGUCAAGAGUUAACUCUCCUAACCUUUUUAAUUUAUAAGCAUGUUACCACCAAGGUAACUUACCAGUGAAAUCACA